CUACAGAACGUCGAUCAUGAUGUGUUUUAAAUGGCAGAUCUCUGGUUUCCUUGUGGCUUCUCUGUUAACUGCUAGUCUGUUAGCUCAAGAGGCUGCACAAGACACAACAUCAAGUCCUGAAAUUGACAAAGAAAAACUGGACCAGAAAUUUGACAGCAAAGUCAACAACGUGGUCGACACAAUUUGCAAGAACUUGGACGAGCCCCAAGAACGAGAACUACAUGAAAGAGGCUUAUGGAAGAGCAUCAAGAAAGGAGCUAAAGCAGCAGCAGUAGCCAAGAUACUGUUUGGUAGGAGAGACAACACUGAUGGUGAAGCAGGAGAGGAAGAGGUAGAUACGAGUAUCGUCAAGAGAAGUUGGCUGAGGAAGACUUGGGCAAGGGUCAGACCUUGGGUUACAGCUGCCAGGGUCGCCUAUGCUCUUGGAAAGCGAAUGUCAGAAGAUGAGGAUGUUCUUGACCAAUCUCUUCUAAUGGUGACACGACAGGCAGAAGAUAAUACAACUGAGAAAGUCUGCUCCUCUGAAGAGUCAGAAAGACUAAAUGCAGUCAAGAAAGCAACCGAGGACUUGAAUAAAUUAGUUGCACUUUCAGAAGCUGCUGGAUGUUGAUUGUAAGAUG